UGUUUGGGUUGGGCCAAAUCUCUGUGUCGGACGUAAGUCGGGCCGUCGGGGUACGAGCCUUUGGCGAACUGGCUUUAAUUUGUAUGCAUUUUUCCUAAGCUAAUAAAGUCAAUCUUACCUGAAAAUUUAAUUUAACAAAGAAAACCCUGAUACACAGUAGGUUCCAUUCGCUGCGGCUGGCGGGCUGCAGCAGCAAGCUAGCACAUACGGUUUUUCUUUUCUUUUUCUUUUUUUUCAUUUGCUGCUGCAGCAUAGCCACAGCGCUGUCAAAGAUUGGGCUCCCAACAAACGCAUAAAUACCCACACUGCCACACAGACGCAAAAACAAAUAUACUACAUUUGUCCUAAGUUCAACAUUUCAAUAUUUAUAAAUUCAUAUAGUUUAACAUCAUAAGUUUUAUAUUCUCAAAACUUGUCGUGAGAAAUGCUUUCUUAAUAUUCAGUUCAUAUGUUGUUAAACUAUACAAGUUUCUAAGAAUUAAUGGUUUGGUAUAGAAAUAUUUGAUUUGGGAUAAACCUAAAAUGAUGUACUACCAUAAUAAAAAUGUCCAGUACCAUUAGGUUGGAAAGAAAGUGAGCUUAGAGCACAACCAAAUUAAUCUAACUAGUGUUGAUUUUUUUUUAAAAAAAAUUGCUAGUGUUACUAAAUUUCUAGUGUGUACUAUAGUAGUAUAUACUAACAGUUAGCAGAAGCAAUAGUUAAACUGCUCACAGUUGUGUACAUCAAAUUUGUAUUAGUGUACAUUAAAUCUCACGCUAGUACUUGAUGGACUCUCAUUCUGUCGUGCUUAAUACAGCAACAAAUAAAGUCAAUAAGCGUAAGCGAUGAAGAAAAUGGAUGGUGUGGCAGAGAUAUUAAGCAGGAAGAACACACAACGGCUCUUCUUCAAUUCGGAGAUGAGAAUCAGACAGACACCACCGAGAUCGACGCGAUGAAGACGAUCGAUCGCCGACGGCAGCCGUAGCCGCCGCCGCCCCCUAAGCCGGCCGCCGGAGCAGCCGCCUCCAUCCCCUCGCGAACCGCCGGCCUUCAGUUGGGUCACUGAAGAGUAAAAGACCUUGUUAGCAGACAGCGAACGCAAACUGCGCUGUUUAAUUUACUUGCAGUUCUCAAGAGAAAUAAUUAAACAGUGAGAAUGAGAGCAAACCCCAUUGUGACCGCAUUAUCUGCGGCGGUAUUUGGAUUCUUCAUUGGCAUUUCUUUUCCAGUACAGAUCACACCACAGCUUCAGUGUGGCUUAUUACCUUGCAGCAGUGGUGAUGGUGCGAACUACAGCUUUAGUGGCAGCAGCAUGAUAGGCAUACUGUGGUCACCAUUCAGAAACACCACUAUCCUGUCAAAUGGCACUUCAGAGAAUCCUGCGUUGACAAAGCCGAAAGGUGCAGAGAAGCUACCACCAGGAUUAGUAGUUACAGAGUCUGAUCUUCACAUGAGACGGCUGUGGGGAUCACCAAGGGAGGACGUGGCGACUGGCAAGUACCUUUUGGCACUCGCGGUGGGAUACUCUGAGAAAGCCAAUGUGAAUGCAACUGUUCUCAAGUUCUCUGAUAAGUUCGACGUGGUUCUGUUCCACUACGACGGGCGCACGACUGAAUGGGAUGACUUGGAGUGGUCGAAGCAGGCUGUUCACGUCAGCGCCAAGAAGCAGACCAAAUGGUGGUUUGCAAAGAGGUUCCUGCAUCCGAGCAUCGUGGCGCCAUACGAAUACAUCUUCUUGUGGGACGAGGAUCUGGGAGUCGACAACUUCACCGCGGAAGAGUACGUGAAGGUGGCGAAGAAGAAUGGGUUGGAGAUAUCGCAGCCAGGAUUGGACAGCACAAGAGGGAAGAAGACGUAUGAAGUCACCGUUCGAAGAAACGACGGCCGGGAAAUGCACAAGACGAAUGAGGGAGGGCGUUGCCCUGAUGUGCACCAACGACCCUGCAGCGGGUUCGUGGAGGUGAUGGCGCCCGUCUUCUCCAGGGAAGCCUGGACAUGCGUCUGGCACAUGAUUCAGAAUGACUUGGUUCAUGGCUGGGGUCUGGACUUCAAUUUCUGGAGAUGCGUCGACAAUCCUGAAGAGCAGAUCGGCAUCGUGGACGCGCAGUACGUGUCCCAUCAUGGAGUUCCCACGCUCAUUGCCCAGGGUAACGGUGAACAACAAGGAAGCAGCGAAAAGGUUCGAGCCCGACAAUGGGCGGAGAUGCGCACCUUCCACGACAGAAUUUCCAACGCCGAAAAGAAGCUUGGGGAUUCGUCGCAGGCACUAGAAGAGUAUCACCCUUGAACUUGGACAUAUGCAACCACCAACACUUAAUUGUUUGCAUAGUUCAGCACUGGCAUCACAUGCAUCUUUUUUUCCCAAAUGAAAUUAAGCGAGAAUAUAUAUAUAUAGAGAGAGAGAGAGAUGGAGGCAUAUAUCCCUAGCUAUAUAUAUACGCGUACAUGCUGAAGACUGCGUGAAGAAUUGAAGAGAUAUUACCAAAUUAACUGCACACACUUCCUUUUCAUCAUUGAUUCUUCCCGCCAUUUUUUUUUGUGAAUUAUCUAUGGUCACUGACCGAUCAUGUAUGAAUUAUCACGCGUUUGUAUACUUUUCAUGGUCAAUUUCUCUGAAAGAGAUACACACAGAUAUCUUAAAGAUGGUGAAAUUGUUGUA